AUGCUUCCAUUAACUGGGAAAACAGUCAUUUUUGAUAACUUCCCUGAUCCUUCUGAUACAUGGGAAAUUACUGAAACAAUCGGCAAAGGAACUUAUGGGAAAGUUUUCAAAGCACUAAAUAAGAAAAAUGGCCAAAAAGCAGCCGUCAAAAUUCUGGAUCCGAUUCACGAUAUUGAUGAAGAGAUUGAAGUAGAGUAUAACAUCUUAAAAUCACUUUCUGACCACCCUAAUGUUGUCAAAUUCUACGGGAUGUACUUUAAGAAGGAUAAGUUAAAUGGAGAUAAGCUGUGGUUGGUUCUCGAGUUGUGCAGUGGAGGAUCGGUGACUGAUCUUGUUAAAGGAUUUCUGAAGAAAGGCAAAAGAAUGAGUGAGCCCAUAAUUGCCUAUAUUUUGCAUGAAGCACUUAAGGGACUUCAACACUUACAUAGCAACAAAACUAUUCACCGUGAUGUGAAAGGAAACAACAUCCUGUUGACCACAGAAGGGGGAGUUAAACUGGUUGAUUUUGGUGUAUCUGCCCAGCUCACCAGCACCUGGCAUUGUCGAAAUACUUCUGUAGGAACACCGUUCUGGAUGGCUCCUGAGGUGAUUGCAUGUGAGCAGCAACUGGAUACCACUUAUGAUGCCAGAUGUGACACGUGGUCUCUGGGGAUCACAGCUAUUGAGCUGGGGGAUGGAGACCCUCCACUAGCUGACCUACAUCCCAUGAGAGCUCUCUUCAAAAUACCAAGAAAUCCUCCCCCCAAACUAAGACAGCCUGAAAUAUGGUCUGCAGAAUUCAAUGACUUCAUUAGCAGGUGCCUGACUAAGGAUUAUGAAAAGCGGCCAACUGUGUCAGAACUUUUGCAGCAUAAAUUUAUUACUCAGGUUGAUGAAAAGAAUAUGAUGUUGCAAAAACAACUCAUGGAAUUCAUUAACCUUCAUCAAUAUGUGGGAGGCACAGAAAAAGCCAGACAUGAACGCCUUCACACCAAGAAAGGUAUCUUCAACAGGUCUUUAAUUUCCAGUCUAAAGGAUGUAGAUGAUUUAGCAACUUUAGAAAUUUUAGAUGAGAAUACAGUCUCAGAUCAACUUGAAAAAUGCUAUUCCAGAGAUCAGAUUUAUAUCUAUGCUGGAGAUAUUCUCAUUGCUCUGAAUCCUUUUCAGACUCUGGGUCUUUAUUCUACAGAGCAUUCCAAACUUUACAUUGGAGCGAAAAGAACUGCCAAUCCUCCUCACAUUUUUGCAGUUGCCGACCUAGGAUACCAGUCUAUGGUAACAUAUAAUUCAGACCAGUGUAUUGUUAUUUCUGGUGAGAGUGGAGCUGGAAAGACAGAAAGUGCCCAUCUUUUAGUUCAGCAGCUGACAGUACUAGGAAAGGCUAAUAACAAAACCCUGCAAGAGAAGAUAUUACAGGUGAACAACUUGGUGGAAGCUUUUGGCAAUGCCUGCACUAUUAUAAAUGACAAUUCCAGCCGAUUCGGAAAAUACUUAGAAAUGAAAUUCACCUCCUCGGGAUCUGUAGUGAGUGCUCAGAUUUAUGAAUACCUUCUAGAGAAAUCCCGAGUUAUCCACCAAGCUAUGGGAGAAAAAAAUUUUCAUAUAUUUUACUACAUCUAUGCUGGCUUGGCUGAAAAGAAGAAACUAGCUCAUUACAAAUUAACAGAAAAUAAGCCUCCCAGGUAUCUACAAAAUGGCCACCUCAGAACAAUACAGGACAUAAUAAAUAAUAGUUUCUAUAAAUCCCAGUAUGAUUUAGUUGAGCAAUGUUUCAAAAUCAUAGGUUUUACAAUGGAGCAACUUGGAAGUGUAUACAGUGUCCUGGCCGCCAUACUGAACGUUGGAAAUAUUGAAUUUUAUUCUGUGGUGACUGAACACCAGACUGACAAGAGUCACAUUUCCAAUCACACAGCUCUAGAGAACUCUGCUUCUUUGCUUUGCAUCCAGGCAGAUGAGCUACAGGAAGCUCUCACAUCCCACUGUGUGGUCACUAGAGGAGAAACAAUUAUACGGCCCAAUACUGUAGAAAAAGCUACUGAUGUCAGAGACGCAAUGGCCAAAACUUUAUACGGACGUCUCUUUAGUUGGAUAGUCAACUGCAUUAACAGCCUUUUAAAAUAUAACACAUCACCAAGUGAGAAUGGUGAUGAACUGAGUAUUGGCAUUCUGGAUAUAUUUGGCUUUGAAAAUUUCAAAAAAAAUUCCUUUGAGCAGUUGUUCAUUAACAUUGCAAAUGAACAAAUUCAAUAUUACUUCAAUCAACAUGUGUUUGCCUGGGAACAGAAUGAAUACCUACAUGAAGAUGUUGAUGCUAGAGUUAUUGAAUACGAAGAUAACCGACCCCUCUUAGAUAUAUUUCUGCAGAAGCCAAUGGGUUUGCUCUCCCUACUUGAUGAAGAAAGUAGGUUUCCCAAAGCCACAGACCAGACUCUCGUAGAAAAAUUUGAAGGCAAUCUGAAAUCACAGUACUUCUGGAGGCCCAAAAGUUUUGGAAUUAGUUUUGGAAUUCAUCAUUAUGCAGGAAAGGUCCUCUAUAAUGCAAGUGGGUUUUUGGCUAAAAAUAGAGACACUCUUCCAACUGAUAUCGUGCUACUUUUGAGAUCAUCAGAAAACAGUGUGAUUCGGCAGCUCGUCAACCAGCCACUCUCCAAAACAGGUAAUCUGCCACAUUCUAAAACUAAAAAUAUAAUAAACUAUCAAAUGAAGACUUCAGAAAAAUCCACCAAUACCACAAAGGCUGAAACUGGAGAAGCCAUAUCUCAUGCCAGAGAGACAACUAACAUGAAAACACAAACAGCUGCCUCCUAUUUUAGAUACUCCUUGAUGGAUUUGUUAUCUAAAAUGGCAGUGGGCCAGCCUCAUUUCGUUCGUUGCAUCAAGCCAAAUAAUGAACGUCAGGCAAGAAAAUAUGAUAGAGGAAAAGUUCUGCUACAGCUUCGCUACACGGGGAUUUUGGAAACAGCAAGAAUUCGAAGGCUGGGAUACUCACAUCGCAUACUUUUUGCAAACUUUAUAAAGCGCUACCAGGUUCUCUGCUACAAGUGGAAUGAAGAACCCCCAGUGAGCGCAAACACCUGUGCUGCCAUUUUGGAAAAAGCUGGUCUCAGUAAUUGGGCUCUUGGGAAAACAAAAGUUUUCCUAAAGUACUAUCAUGUGGAACAAUUAAAUUUAAUGCGGAAGGAAGCCUUUGACAAGCUUAUUUUUAUCCAAGCUUGUAUCAGAGGAUUCUUGGGGUCAAGAAGAUACCAAAAAAUACAGGCAAAAAGAAGAAAAAGUGCAAUACUAAUACAGUCAGCUGCAAGAGGACAUCUGGUCAGGAAACAGCAGAAAGAAAUUGUGAACAUGAGAAACACAACUGUCACAACAAUUCAGACUCAUGAUCAAGAAUUUGACUAUAAGAAAAACUUUGAAAAUAAAAGGAACUCUUUUGUGAAGAAAGAGACAGAAUGGACAGUCUCUUCUCAGGCCAUCCCAGCUCCAAAUAAUAAAGCAAGUACAUCUAUGGUGAAGACAUCAAUUUUCAAAGCUGAUGGGGAGACCACUAUUGAGAAUAACAACAGAGUAUAUCAGACUCUGAAAAAAUUCAAUAACAUGUCUGGGGAAGAGGCUUGGGCAGAAGUGAGCCCCAAACGGAAGUCUAUUCAACACUUGGAAGAGGAUAGUAAGAUGGGAACAGAGGAGAGAGAGGAUGCUGUGGGGCAGAAUUACUAUCAGGAAUAUACAGAGGAAAAGAAUUUUGAAGACUCAAAAGCAGCAUAUCUAGAAAGGAAGGGUCUAGCAGAAAGAGCCAGCUACCAGGGACUGUGCUUAGCUGAUAGUGACAGGAAGCCAUCUUCUGUUAAAAAAUCUCUGGAACCGAGUAUUAGCCAAAGGUCAGUGUAUCAAAAUCCCAGUUACCAGGAAAAAGCAAAGAGGACAUCUGUGGUCACCCAGAAUGCAUCACUCUGCAGCCAGGACCAAAGCCAUCUGAGACAGAGGGUGGUCACAGAGAGGCAAGAAAAACCAGUGACACCAGGUCUUGAAGAAGACGAAGCCGCUCUGUUCAUUCAGAGCAGAUACCGGGGUUAUAGGAGAAGGCAGCAGUUAAUGAGGGAUCGGAUGGCAUCUCUCAACGAUCAAAACAGAGUCUCAGCAUUAACAGAGGCAGAGAAGAACUACCAUGGCCUGUAUUGCUAUCCCUCAAAAUAUGAGGCUGUCACACCAAAGAAUGACAGUGACUCAGGUGCAAAUUUAGACCAAGAAGUCUACGAUUUAGCCAUAUUUUCAAAACAGAUAUCAAAGUUAUCUGAAGACUAUUUCAUUCUACAGAAAAAACUGAAUGAAAUGAUUUUGUCACAGCAACUGAAGCCUCUUUAUCUGGGUGUAUAUCCUCAUAUGUCAAUAAAUAGACGAAUUUCUUCUCAGCAGUAUCUCUCAGGUAUCGCUAAAGGAGAAGAGCUAAAAAUAUUGAGACCCCCAAGACGGCCCCGGAUGCCCAAAACAUUAAAUAACCCUGAAGAUUCCUCAUAUUACUAUCUACUACAUAAAUCAGUCCAAGAAGAGAGACGAAGACCAAGGAAAGAUAGUCAAGGGAAACUCUUAGAUUUGGAAGAUUUCUAUUAUAAGAAAUUUUUGCAUGCUGGACCACAGGAAUUUGGCCCUCGUUUCAAAGAACAAAGCCAACAGAGGGAACACCUGGAUCAGUGUUGUAAGGCUGGUGAAAGGUGCUGGGCGGCUGACAGCCCAGAGGAGGAGGCCAGCGGGCCCGCAGCAAACCCCUACGACUACCGGAGGCUCCUCCGCAAAACCUCGCAGCGCCGGCGCCUCGUCCAGCAGCUGUAG